UAACAGCUUGUACAACAACCAGCUGUAUCCCUUCAGGGUACCUUCGGAUCCUGUUUUGUUACGACGGCCACCACCAAAAAACCCAAGUGUGUUUGACGAUUUGAAAAAAUGCCUUCAGCAACGUCAACGUUGGCUCGUCGUGGACCAAAUACCAACGCUACAUGCGAAACAGGAUACCAAUGGACAGAAGAUGCAGCAGAGCUCUCGCCCUGUCUCAUUGCAGCUGCUAUUGUGGGUGGAUGUGGAAGUUCUGACUACACCGUGCCCGCGUUGACUUCAGGAUCUCAUUAUAACCCUCCUGGAAUAAACGGACAGCCAAUCAAUGGAUGUAGUUGCUCAUGGGCGGCAUACAAUAUGUAUAGCGCGUGCACUGCAUGUCAAGGUCUGGAUAGUAGCCUUCUAACAUGGGUAGAGUUUCGUGCCAGUUGCGGCUCCUCUCUCUCAAAUACCACAUACUACCCUUCCGACGUUGUAACCCUUGGUAAUACCUCAAUACCCUUCUACGCUACUGUCGAUCCUUCAACAUGGCCAAACGCAAUAUUCAACGUCAACCAGGCUCAAAAUAUCUCCGAACAAGGUCAUCCGGACGUAUACGGCGCUCCUCUGACUUCCUCUGCCCCUUCAUCUACACCCGCCCCUUCUUCCAAAUCCAAUAACGCUGCAGCUAUUGGCGGCGGUGUCGCUGGUGGAGUAGUCGUUCUUAUACUCGGAGCAUUAGCAGCGUGGUGGAUCUUGCGAAGGCGUCGUCGCUCGGGUCUCACUGGCCUCAAGAGGCAGAGUGGGAAACCACAGGAACUGGAUUCUACUCCGUAUAAUGCCUUUGAGCAAGGACACACGAGGUUGAUAUCGGAUCAUGCGAACCCGUCGAAUGUCGGAGAGGCUAGUUUUGGAAAUAGCAGUUCAGGUAAUGGCAUUGAUGGGUAUAUGGGCUCCAUUGGGAUGCAACAGCUUGGGUUCUCGCCGUCCCCAUUUGGAUCUUCGUCGAAUAUGGGCUCGGUUAACUCCAUGGGCGCAUUUUCCACUCCUCCUCAUCAGAUCGUACUCAGCAGUAGUCCUCCUCCAUCGACGUACAAUGCUCGCGCCAGUACCAUUACCGGAAUCACUCGGUACGAUUCACCGUCGCCAAGUAUGCAAUUCAUGGCCAGAAGCCAAAGCCCCGAUUCUUCGUUUGGGCACGAGAUGGCUAUUCAGCCAUUUGUACUGCCUAUGACGAUGCCUUCCUCUGUUUCGAUGCAUAAGGGUGGCGGCGCAGGGUACGAAGCUGCUAUAACUCGACAAAGCUCCCAAGAUUCGUUGUUCGCUCCAGUCCCACCCCGAAGAAUGAAUCCUCCAGCGUACAAUGACGCCGUUGGUACUACUGGACUUUCUGACUCGAGGGACGUAGCAGCUCAACGGCGCGAAACACACGGGACGGGUCAUAGCGCUGUCCGACUACCAGUCGAUGAGAAGUCACAGCAUUUACAAGUCCCGCAAACGAUUCACGUUUCGCAGGAUAGCUCCAUCGCAGGCCCUGAUCUUGCUGCUAUUGAUGCGUAUGUGAACCAGACGUCGGCGAAUACACCGAGACCUGGGGUUGGAGCUGGAAACAGUGGUGGUACGGGUGGUGGUCAAGGCGGAUUGGAUACGGUUCCGAUGCUUCAUACGACGGCGGUCACUCCUGGAAUGCCUGAGGCACCGCAGAGAAGGUUCACGGUCAAGACUAUAAAUACGACCAUAGAUGAUGGCACGAAUGAUAGUGUUGGGGGUGAUCGUGAUCAUCGAGGUGAAAACGGGGGGGAUAGAGAGAGCGUAGGCAUUGCUUGAUUUUUUUUGAUCUAUAGUGUACGAGUUUACGGCUGCUUGCUGGGGAUCAGGACUAUGUGUGAUACGGUGUUUUGUCUUUCUCAUCUCUAACUAUAAGACCUCACGUUUUAUCACCCCUUUAUUUUACGAUCUGUGCAGCAUAUGUAUCUGUAUUUUUAACAUAGUUGUACAUGUGGU